AUGAAGCCGAUACACGCUCGCUCAUCGACGAUAUUGAACGCGAAAAAGUCGCUUUCUGCGUUCAUGCCUCGAAAGUCCGUCCCGUGGGAUCCAAUUCGCCAAGAAGGGAAUCCGACACGAUCCGAUUCUGUGAACAUGCUCAUCAAGCAAAUCAAGAAGGCAGAAGUCCGAAAAGAAGGAGUUGCGUCAUCUGCCCGACGCCCGCUCGAAUAUAUGGAGUUCCUAUCCCUUCUUUCUACUAUUCGUGAAAGCAACGAGAAGACGGAGACGAUGCGGAUGGUGUGUAGUGUGUUCACUUUGCAAUGGCAUCUUAUUACUCGGAUCGACGACAUGAUGAAGCUGCGAUUCGACAAUUUGGCGCCUAACAUCCAACACUCGGGUACUCUGCAGUGUCAAAUGCGAUGGUCCAAGAAUAUUUCGGAAGAACGCGAUGCACCAGAACAGAUUCUGCUUGGAAGCAUGGAUCCAUCUAUCU